AUGACUCGUCUUUCUACGUUGCCCCUGUUGGCUUUGGGCUCUCUUGCCGUCGCUAGUCAGGAUGCCUUCAAGUCGAAAUGCGCCAAGUUUGCCGAUCAGAUCAACAUCCCCAAUGUGAAGGUGAACUUUGCGGAGUUUGUACAAGGCGGGACCAAUUUGUCCUUGCCUGAUAAUCCUACUUCCUGUGGGCGAUUCUCGCAGGUUGUUUCGGUCGAUUUAUGCCGAGUUGCGAUGGCUGUGACCACUUCCAACAGCAGUGAAAUCACUUUGGAAGCUUGGUUCCCUGAAGAGUAUAAGGGCCGCUUCUUGAGUACCGGAAACGGUGGUAUCUCGGGUUGUAUUCAAUACUAUGACCUGGCGUAUACAGCCCAAUUAGGCUUCGCCACUGUCGGAGCCAACAACGGACACAAUGGCACUUCUGGAAAGCCAUUCUAUCAGCACCCAGAAGUAGUGAAAGACUACGCAUACCGCUCUGUCCACACCGGAGUUGUAGUAGGCAAGAAGCUCACCAAGCAAUUCUAUGACGAGGGCUUUGACAAGAGCUACUACCUAGGAUGUUCAACAGGUGGCCGCCAAGGAUUCAAGUCUGUUCAGAAGUACCCCAACGACUUCGAUGGAGUGGUUGCAGGGGCCCCCGCGAUCAACCUGAUCAACCUGUUUUCAUGGAGCGCACACUUCUACCCCAUCACCGGCUCACCUGGGUCCGAUACAUUCCUGACAACCGCUCAAUGGCAAAUCGCCCACAACGAGAUUGUCCGCCAAUGCGACACCAUCGACGGCGCGAAGGAUGGCAUUAUCGAAGAUCCCGAUCUCUGCCGUCCAGUUCUGGAAACCCUGACCUGCGACCCCCACGCAUCAAACAAGACAAGCUGUCUCACCAGUACCCAGAUCAACACCAUCAACCAAGUCCUCGCUCCGUUCUACGGACUGAAUGGCACUCUUCUCUACCCUCGCAUGCAGCCCGGUUCGGAAAUGCUUGCUGCCAGCCUCAUGUACGAUGGCUCCCCAUUCCCGUACAGUGAAGACUGGUACCGUUAUGUCGUCUACAACGACCCAACAUGGAGCGGCGAGAAUUUCACCGUCAAGGAUGCCGCAGUUGCCCUCGCUCAGAACCCGUAUAACAUUCAAACCUGGGAGGGCGAUCUCUCUCCUUUCCAGAAGUCAGGUGGCAAGGUCCUGCACUAUCACGGUCUGCAGGACCAGCUUAUCAGCUCUGAGGAUUCAAAGUUGUACUACUCGCAUGUCUCCCAGACUAUGCAGCUCUCUCCCUCCAAGUUGGAUGAGUUUUAUCGCUUCUUCCAGGUCAGUGGUAUGGGUCACUGUGGUUCUGGUGAUGGCGCGUAUGGCAUUGGCCAGGGGUCUUCCACUUAUGAUGGUACUAACCCCGAGGACAAUGUGCUUAUGGCUAUGGUCCAGUGGGUUGAGAAGGGCAUUGCACCGGAGACGAUCCGCGGUGCUAAGUUCUCCAAUGGCGUUGGCUCUCAGGUUGAAUAUAGACGCAAGCACUGCAGGUGGCCUCGUCGGAAUGUGUUCAAGGGCCCUGGUAACUAUACUGAUGAGAAUGCCUGGCAGUGUGUUUAG